AUGUCAACUUGCCUCGACGAGUCCGAAGAGUUAAAAGAACCCAGCAAAAUCUCGGGGUCACGUCGCGUUCAACAUUCGGAUUUAUCGCGUUUAAAGCUCCUGAUACGUCCGAUGACUCACGACAUUUUUGGGAAUGUGGAAUUGAAACGACUCUACGAGACUUCCUGCCUCUCAGUAGUCCAACACAAUGAGAGACGUGACGUCAUUUCGGGGAUAUGUCUCUGCAAUUACCCCAAUAUACCGUCCGUGCCGCCGUACGAUUGGUUGACCUGGUUGAAGACAAUUUACGGGAUUCCCACUGCCACGAAAAGAAACACAAUGUUCAUACACUUGCUCGUGUGGGACGAGUGUUACUCGAACGAGUUUCUUGGGGAGCUAUUGGCUGCGGUGUUCGACAACACUACCUAUUGCCAAUACGUGAUUCUCGUGGUACCUCCCCGAGUUGAACCGGUGCAUUUGAGCGUGUUUGAGCAAGAGAUGACUAAAGUCUUGGCUAAAACUGCCGUACGAGACGUCGCGCAGCAAUUUCUAUAUCUGAUCGAUCGACAUCGAUUACGUCCAAAGUUGAAAAUACGGAGAGUCGUAGAGGAAGAUAACGACAACGUGAUUGCGAUUGUCGACGGUGAGGGUACUCAUCUCAAGGAGCUUUAUGGAGAGUAUUGUAUUAGUGAGAUGAUUCGUCGUCCGAGUAAUUGUCGCCAAUUAAUCAUCGGAGAAGAUAUCAAUGGCUUGGCAGUAGGCAUCAUGUGUCUCAAUGCUAUGAUUGACAUCGAUCUACUUAAUGAGAAUUUUGAAUUAACGCCGUACAAUGGUUUGAAAAAAUCGCGGGGAAAUACUCCGCCCGCUCGUGUCGGUGAAUGUAACGAGACGAUGCAAUCCCGACCCAUUCAUCAUGUUUUUCCGACGCCGAAUGGCGAAAUAAAUGCUUUCGUUCUGGAGAUGUUUGCGACGCGUGAUGAAAUGAGGCCUCACUGGUCCCACGAUUUCUUGGAGGCUGCUUUCGAUUGCUUCCCACAUUUAGAGUACUGUGCGACUCUUCUUCGUUUCUCACAUCCGUGCCAUCAAUUCCUUCAACAUUUUGUGCGCGUACCGUUGAGAUGUAAUAGAGAUUUCCCCAUGACGCUGUACAUUCUGCACCGAGCGGUUCUUCGCGAGGAGAUAACGUGUCGCCAUGCCCGAACACAAGACCGUGAAGCUAUAGAGAGACUCUUGUUUACCACAUCGACAAAACGUGAAGUCCUAAUUGAUUUUGAUGUUGCCAUGGAUCCACUACAGGCUUUACAGCGUGAUUUAAAUUGUUUCGUCUUUGAAAGUAACGAUACAAUACUAGGGCUCGCUAUACUGUGCGCCGAGAGGCAAGUAAAUUUCGUUAAGAAUCAUUUCCAUAUAGAGGAUUACGUAUCUGUGGAGAGUAUCCCACAAAACGAUUACAGACGUCUCUUGCAUUUUGUUCUUAUGCCAAUUUUUUCCACUUAUCAUCGCUUCUUCUUCCGCGAGAUCGCACGUUUAAGCGAGUUAACGAUAAUCUUUUAUCGACUUCAUCACAAAGAUGAGACCACAUUGACGUGGAUAUGUCCUUUGAUAUCCUGUUUGAACGAUAUGAUUCCUGUUGAUCCCCGUGGACAAGCUAAGUAUGAAUUUCCGAUUGUUCGGGAAAACUCUAAUAGCUGUGAAAAUAAUACAAAAGGUGAAAGGGAUGAUGUUGCGUACAAUGGAUUUUCUCUAUUUAUGACAUCGCCGAGACUAGUAACGAUGCCACGUACAAUUAUCGAUAGCAGGAUCGUUGUCGUUGGAGCAUCGGACUGCGGAAUCGCUUUCGCGGAGUAUCUGACUUUACGAUUAACGCAGCGAUAUACACAACUGACAAACCUUACGUUAAUAUCGCCGCAUGGUAUACCAUUUGAUAACGAAUCGAGUCGUUCAGACUUGCUUCCAUUCCGAGGAAGGUUUCACUCGGGAUAUCGUCGCUGUAUAGUCGCACGGACUUGGCUUAAUAUCAUCUAUGGAACUAUGACAGCGAUCAACAGAAAGGAGAAAUAUGUGACUGUGAUGAAUCAAGGAAAUUUCGCGUACGAUUAUUUGGUCUUAACGUGCGGCUUACAGUAUCAAAACUCGACAUUAUGGGAGAAAAUCAAAAUGCAAAAGCAAAAGCAAGAAGGAAACAAAGUACAAGACCAAAUGCCAUGGAAUUGUCUGACCGUAAAUAACGAUGCGGAAGCUUCCAGUUGCUUCAGAAAGAUUCGAUGGUUAACAGGGGACUUCAAAGAAAGGAAAGCGAUAUUUCUUUACGGACGUAGUAUCGAUUGCUAUUGUACACUCAGUGGUUUAAUCAAGCUCGGGGUAAAGCCUUCGUGGAUUACGUUGAUUGAACCGAACUCUGCCAAGUCCUGCGAAACGAGCAAUCAAGCUCUUUUUCACGAUUGUGAAGUGAACAAAGAGGUGACAAAUGCCAUUUUACAAAGAGGAGUUCAAAUUUUUUCCGAAUGGACCAUGGUCGAUUGGACUCUGAUGGAAAACGAUGAUGCAAAGCUCAUGAUUGAAAAUAUUACGAUUGAAAAAGAAGAAGAAAAGAAAGAAUUGACUUGUGAUGUUUUUUUCAACUUCUACGAGAAAACGAUCGAUUUAAACGCAUUUUUAGCGUUUUGUCGAGCUGGUCUCAUUUUCGAUGAUUCAUUAGUAAUAGAUCUGGAAUGUCGCACCAACGAUCCGUUUAUUUUUGCCGCUGGUACCGUGACGAAAUAUUCCCGAAAAUUUUACGCCGACGUCUGGCAGCACAAAUAUUACAAUAGCAUGGAAGUUGGAGAGAGACUCGCUCAAAUUUUAUGGAAAGUGAUCGAGUGGGACGUGAUAAUUCCGGAGCGAAAAAAAAAAGAGAGGAUCAUGCAUUUGACACCGUCGACAUUUCGUACACCUAUCGUAACCGCUUGCAUUCUGCCAGGUGAUUAUCAUUACUUGCACGUAUGUAAACCCGGGAAAACGACUUGGGAUAACACAACGAAGAUCAAUCACAACCAUUACGGAAAAGUAUUUGUAACUGGUUCUUGCAAAUCUGAAAUUGGAUAUUUUCGCAUUCGAUUGAAUAUGUACGACACUGUGGAAAGUAUAACGUGUGUAAACAAAGAGACAUUUCGAGUGCACGACAUGAUUGUUUUAUAUGGGAAACACGAGAGCAUGUUAAACGAGCUAAAAUUCCGUUUUCGAAAUUCGGAAAUCUCAGAUUUCUACGCGUAUUUUCGCGAACCUUGGGCCGCGGUGAUUCUCCACGAUAGAUUCGAUUGUCUGCGCGUCGAAAAUCGAGCUACUUUGCUGUCGCGAGCGGACAUUCACGAUAAUUCUUUGGUCGACGAUUGCAUUGAUACGUUAAUUAAGUCAAAGUGGAAAACGAUAUCUGAAGAGGAUCGAAAUUACAUCGAAUCUAGAUACGCUGGCUCGGCUUAUCAUCAAGAAUUAGAGAAUAAUCUUAUGAAUUUUCUCGAGUUUUACGAGAAUGAUCUACCUAUGUAUUGUACUUUGCGUAAACAGCGCCAGAUGUAUAUGGACAUUGCGGAAAGUCCGUUAUAUUUUGACCAAUAAAACAUUUUUUGCAAAUUCUCUUGAUGAAGAGAAAAA